GCCAGUUGGGGUCACAUCGAUAUUUUCAUUAGCGAAUACUCUCGGAAUAGCGGCCUACCCGAUGAACGCGAGAACUUCGAGAAACAUUCUUGAAAGUUGUAUUGAAAUAUGAGUUCGUUCUCGGACAGCACUUUGACCGAAAAGCUUGCUGCCUUGACCAACUCGCAGCAAAGCAUUCAAACAAUGUCACUGUGGCUGAUUCAUCACAGAAAACAUGCCAGAAAAAUUGUAAAGACUUGGUACAUUGAACUGAAGCGAGCUAAGGCCAAGCGAAAACUGGUCUUCAUAUAUCUUGCCAAUGAUGUGGUUCAAAACGGCAAGAAGAAAGGAACAGAAUUCACCAAAGAAUUUGGCACAGUAAUUGACCAUGCCUUCAGCCAUGUCUUGGAGACAGCAGAGGAUGAAAAGACAAGGAAAGCAUUGGCCAGAGUACUAAGUGUCUGGGCAGAGAGAAAUGUCUUCAAUUCCCAGCUUUUGUACAAGAUGACUACCCUUUUGUCAGGUGAAUUACAACCGCCUUCCAAGAAAGCACGGCACAGUGAACCACAACAGCAUCAUCAUCAUCACCAUAGACAACAUAGCCGACCUGCCCAAGCCUCACCAGCUCCCCCUGACUCAGAUAGCCAAAACGAGAACUCGGCCAAGAAGGAGAAAUUUGAAGGGUCAUUUGGGGAGAAGUUUGAGGCAUUACAUGGGCUACUUGGACAGGAUGAAGAUGGAGAAGAAGGAGAAGAAGAGGAACAAGUUGAUGCUGAAGAUGUGCCUGAGCCUGAUGAGAUUAUCCAAGCCUUGAAUGACAUGGAUAACUCAGCCUCCAGUGAUGCUGUGGUCAGGGAGAAGAUCGCUAAGCUUCCCCCUGAGGUUCAAGAUGUCAGUUUGUUGGAUAAGAUUCAAGGAAGGGAAGAAGCAGACAGACUGUCAACUUUGGUCAACGAUGCUUGUUCACUUCUGGAUGACUAUAACGUGAGAUUAUCAUUAGAGUUGGAAGACAGGCAGCAUGUGAUGAAAAUGCUGAAGAAUUAUCGAAUCUCACAGCAUCAGAAACUCAAAGAAGCCGAGGAUAAACUCAAGGAAUUCCUAUCCAAACAUGACAAAGUUACGUCGGUGCGUAAGGAACUAGCAUCUCACAUACAGAACCUACCUGAUCUGACAUUACUACCUGAUGUCACCGGUGGUCUGGCACCUCUUCCCUCUGCUGGCGACCUCUUCUCUGUAUAACUCUUGAGUCAGGACACUAAACCACAUAUGACACUUUCUUUAUGACGUUUUUUUAAAACCUUCGUUUGUACAUCCUCGCCUCCAAUUCAAGGUAGAAUUUUAUGAGCUAUGAAAUUGAAAUUGAAUUAAAAAAUUCACACCAACAACAACACACACAUUGUUUCACAUACGUAGUGUGGGCAUUCCUCUGUUCUCCUGUGGUUAAGAAAACUCAGCAAAAUUUUCCUUUUUCUCCCUCUAUGAUGACAUUUUCGAGCCUUUUUUUUAUGAUGAUUUGCUAGACCGUUCCUCUUCACUUUGCCACAAAUAACAGUUGCCUCAAGCUAUUUUUCAGAGAUUUAGAAACAAUGUGUGGACGUGUGCGAGUCCUCACAACACAUCACACCCCACAUUACGUGGACUUCUUUUGUGCAGAGGUCCACACUGUGUAGACUCCACCUGCACAUUGGUACAUGGUUAUCAAGUAUUGUAGAUAAGACAAGAGGAUGCUGUCUGGUCUGGUUAUAGCAAAACAGGUCUACACAGUACAAUUUGUGUCAAUCUUUUUGCAAUCCAUCACAGUAAUGCUGAAUUCUCAAUUUGACUGCAAGUUUGUCGCUUUGCCAGUUUGUAAAAAAUCAGACAAGAAAUUAUGAAAUUGUAAGAUAUUUAAAUUACCCAGUGCUGUUGAAACGUUUUGAUGACACUUUCUUAUUUACCACAAUGAGCUUAGAAAUAAACUGUCUUUGGCUGGAAUUAUGUUCUCUA